AUGAACGUACUAGAAGCCAAAUUCACCCGAAGCAGCAAUAGCCAAAAAAUUAAGAAAUUAUUUUCUCAAUUUAGCAAGGAAGAGUUAAUGGAAAAAAAAGAAAUAGUAUGUAUUGCGGGGAGAAUGACCAGAAAAAGAAUGUUUUUUGCUGAUUUAACCGACCAAAGCGGAACCAUUCAAUUAAAAUUUAGUAGCAAAAGUGAGGAUUUGGCCAAAUUAGAUAACGGCAGUAUUAUUGGGGUAAAAGGGAUUAUUUGUAGAACCGAUAAAGGACAGUUAAGCGUAGAAGUAAAAGAGCUCGUUUUAUUAAGCCGAUGUUCAAGACCCAUCCCCAGUUUCUACUACGGAUUUAGUGAUAACGAGGAAAGAUUUCGUAAUCGACCUUUAGAUUUUAUUAUUAACCGACAAAAGAAGGAGAUUUUUUUCCUUCGUCACCAAGUAAUCAAAAAUAUCCGCCAGUUUUUAGAGGAAAAAGAAUUUAUUGAAAUUGAGACUCCCAUUCUGGUUUCGGAGGCUUCCGGAGCGCAGGCUAAGCCUUUCAUUACUCACCACAACAAAUUACACCGGGAUUUUUAUUUGCGGAUUGCCACAGAAAUACCCCUCAAAAAAUUGCUAGUGGGCGGCUUCGAAAAAAUUUAUGAAAUCGGUCGCAUCUUUCGUAAUGAGGGCAUAGAUGCUCGGCACAAUCCUGAAUUUACUACUAUUGAAGUUUACCAGGCUUAUGAAAAUGCGGAAUAUAUGAUGGAUUUGACUGAGGAAUUGUUGUAUUAUUUGACCCAAGAAGUUCUUAAAAAAGAGGAAUUUGAAUUUAAUUCUCAUAAUGUUUCGUUAACAAAGCCUUUUCGCAGGUUGUCAAUGAUAGAAGCGAUUAAAGAACAUGCAAAUAUAGAUUUCGCUAAAAUAAAUGGUUUAGAAGAAGCCUGCCAACUGACCCAAAAAUAUAAUUUAAAACUAGAAAAAUUUCAAAAAACUAUCGGUCAUGUCAUUUUAGCCUUUUUUGAGGAAUAUGUGGAGAAAAAAUUAAUUCAACCGACUUUUAUUUAUGAUUAUCCAAUAGAAGUUUCUCCGCUAGCCAAAAGCAAGCCGGAAAAUGAAAAAAUUGCCGACCGAUUCGAACUUUAUAUUGGUGGACUAGAAUUUGCUAAUGGAUAUAGUGAAUUAAAUGACCCCCAUGAGCAGAGAAAAAGAUUUGAAGAACAAACUAAACAAAAAGAAUUGGGAAACGAAGAAAUUGCCAGUUUUGAUAAGGAAUUUUUGGAGGCCUUGGAGUAUGGUAUGCCACCAGCAGGGGGAUUAGGUAUUGGAAUAGACAGAUUGAUAAUGUUGUUUACCGGUCAAAAUAGUAUUAAAGAAGUGAUUGCUUUUCCGCAGUUGAAAAUAAAAAAUGAAAAUAAUUAA